AUGGCGGCAUCACUCCCCGAGAAGUUCGAUGAUCUCCCUGACAAGCGCCGCUACUGGCCUGGCGCGCCUGGAUCCGAAGAAGAAGGUCUGGGCAUGCUGCGUCUUUUAACGCCAGAAGUGGUUGCGGAUGCAGCACGAAGCCAGAUCCAGACCGGCGAGCGGAUCUGUUUGAAUUGGGAUAUUGAGAAUUUAACUCCACCAGGUGAUUUUAACCCUCGUUCCAAAAUCCCCAGGCAGGAUAGAUUCGGCCGCAAGCCAUUUGAGCACAAGAUCAAAUGGGUAGCUGAAGGCGUCGCCUUCGACGACGAAUACCACUUCAACCCCCAACAAUCCUCCCAAUGGGAUGGUCUCCGACACCACAAUGCACCCGCCCCAACACCAGAAGACCCCUCCCGCCGCGUCUUCUACGGCGGCACCACAGCCUCCGAAAUCAUAGACACCGACUCCCCCCGCAUCGGAAUCGGGUACUGGGCCAAAAAAGGAAUUGCAGGUCGUGGUGUCCUAAUCGACUACGUCUCCUACGCUCAAAAGAAAGGAAUCCCUCUCAACGCAUUGACCCGUCAAGAGAUCUCUCUCGACGAGGUGCAAGAAAUUGCGAAUGAAUGCAACAUCACAUUCCAAAAGGGCGAUAUUUUCUUCCUCCGCGUCGGACUACCGGAUACCUGGUCGAAGAUGUCUGCUCAGCAACGGGAGGCGUAUAGCCAGCAGCCUUUGCCGCAGCAUGCGGGUAUUGAGCAAAGUGAGCGGGUGUUGCGAUUUAUCUGGGAUAACCAUUUUUCGGCGGUGGCGUCGGAUGCCGUUAGUUUUGAGGUCUUUCCUGCUAUUAAUGAGGAGUUUGAUUUGCAUCAUCAUAUUUUGGCUGGGUGGGGAUUACCUAUUGGGGAGAUGUUUGAUUUGGAUGCUCUUGCGGAAACUUGUCAGAAGCUUGGGAGGUGGAGUUUCUUUAUUUCUAGUAGUCCGUUGAAUUGUGCGAGGGGUGUUUCUAGCCCGCCUAAUUGUAUGGCUAUCUUUUAG